AUUCUUCUUUAUGCCUCUAGUAAGCCCUCACUUCAGGCUGGCGACUCAUGCGAACGAGAAAUCGACGCCACCGAUCCGUUACGUCCGUCGGCAAACGAGCUCAGCGGCGCCAAGCUGCUUCUGCGAAGAGCCAUGAAAGAGCUAUCACCUGAUGUCCAACCGACAGUUCCUGGACAAGUGCUACGGAAUCACAAGUUGGUAAAAACAAUUCAUGACCCGAAGCGUGGAAGAAGCAGUGAACCACGUUUGGGCACGGCCGCAUCACAGAACACUUUUGUGAUUGAGACGGAACGUCGAAGGCCGUUGGUGCUACCUGUCGGGCUAACCGAGGGAGCAUUGGAGUACAGGAAAGCUCAGGAAGCUCUGCGAAAAGCUAGAGAACAGGAAGAAAAGCGUCUGCAACGUGAACAAGCUGAGCGAGAAGCUGCUGAGGCCAAGGAGCGAGAAAGAUCUCACCGGAAAUCUGCCGUUUUCAGACAACGCCUGUAUCGACCCAAUGCGUCGGCACGAAGGCCACCGACAUUGAAAAAAGAGGUAGCUGGUUCUCGUGAGAGUUUGAUCAGUCAGGAUCCGACUAAGCCUAAGAGGUCGCCUAUUCGUAAAAGUAAGUCCUAA